AUCUCCCACGGCCGGAUUCUCCGGCUCCCCUGAUCCCAUCCCAUCCCCUCCAAACGUGUUCACCGAUCCCGACGAAGCGAACAGAGAGAGACAUGCAGCCCGUGUCGCGCUUGGCCCCCGCGCGGCCGCACGCGCGCGUGGGGACGACGACGUCGAAGUGCCAGGCCCGUGCCGCGGCCACGACGAGCCGCGGCUGCGCCUGGCCCUGCAGGCGCGUGGCUCCCGCGCCGCGCCUGCGCGCCCGCGCGACGUCGUGCGGAGGCCGGGGCACGACGGAGCCCGUCGAGGCGCGGGAGGACAACGCGGAGCCGGCGGCGGUCGAUGAGGCGGAGGCUGGGCUGGCGCCGGAGGAGCUGGAGGUGCUGGAGGAGGCGGCCAUCGCGGGGGUGGACGAGGGGCGGCGGCCCACGGACUACGACCGCCGCGCGCACAUCUUCGAGGAGAGCUCGCGGGUAUUCCGGGAGCUCAAGCACCAACGGGACGGCGACGGCGGAGGCGGACACGGUGGUGUGGCCGAUGCUGCCACGGCGGCUGGAACAGGAACGCGCGAACAUCAGCAGCUUGGGUGAAGCACCGUAGUAACGCUACUACGGUAGCGAACUUGUACGGUUGGAGUGAUCAAUCGUGUACGCUAUGCUCACCGUUCAGACAGCGUUAGCGAGAACGGAGAAACGAAUACGAGUGUACGACUCGAACUAAUUGCGCUGCAAUGUAAAUGUUCAGAUGGCUUGACUGAGGCGAACGAAAGCUUGUGCA